AUCUCUGCGAGUUGAAAUCAGGACCAUCAUGUCUUCCGACCGAAGAGAUUCUUCUGCUGUGAAAGUAAGAAGAAAAGUAGGAGCAAGCUUUAAUAAUAAGCCUUGAGGUGAGUGACUCUCAAGAAGCAAGCCUCGAAUAUCUGCUUUAGAGGGUAAAAACAAUUGCAGGCCAAUGGUCAUCGUCACGCGUGCCGUGUCCUGAAAAGGGCAGCAACGUACUUUGCUCGCCUGCUGUAGGGCGCAGCAGACCUCUGUCCAAAAUUCCCCUCUUCCAUCGCAAGCAAAAUCGCUGCAGCUAAUCCGGCGGAAUCGUUUGCCGCCAAGCGAAGCUGAGAGGAAAGGGAGAAUACAAGAAACGGAAACGAAAGAAGAGGAAUAACCAGAGCAAAUCCCAGCGGAGAAAAGCAAGAGUAAAGAAAGAGGGAGAAGGGGAGCGAAGACCUAUCCCCAGUCCCCCAGUUGGUUGGAUGGCAGACCCUCUUCUUCCUGAUUCCUUGUUCCUGCAGGUCAUGAGCAAGAGGCGGACUUGGGUUGCGCUCUUUAUUCUCGUCUACGCCCUCCUCCUCUCCUUCUCAUGGACGUUCAUCCGCUCCAUCCUCUCUUGGUACUCGACCGCCACCACCGAUUCCUCCACGGGCGGUGGUUUCCGGUGGCCUGCAGUGUAUGCGUCCGUGGUCUUCGGCGUGGUCUUCGGCCUGCUGUCGAUGCUGGCCGUGCUGGCUCUGGCUAUACCUUCCAUGUUGGUCACGUGGAUAACCAUCUUGGUGCUGCUCGCCUUUGCCGGGAAGCCUCGCCGCUCGCUCGUGUUCGAGGGCCGCAAGAUCACCGGCGAGAUCUCGGGGCUGGCGCUUAGAAUCAUGCUCAAGGAAGGUAACAUUGUCGCCGCUCUCUGCGCCAUCUUGAGCUUCUAUGUCUUGACUACUAGAAGGGACGAUUAGGACCCUUUGUUCUCUCUUUCUCUUUCUCUCUCUCUCGAAGCAAGAAACGGCAGGAAAAGAAAGAAGAAAUGGGGAGGCGUGCUCUGGAUGAGGUUGGGUUUCUGUUUGGCGUUGGGCUUGUUUGAAUCUCACUGGUGAGACAUUGAGAAUGUUGUUUGGGAGAGGAGAGGGAAGGAAAGGGCAAAAGGGCAUGGUUUCCCUGUUUCUGGUUAAUUUUGUGUUUUAAUCGUGUAAAGCUGAAAUAGGUGCAAUUUUGCUGCUUAUAAAGUUUCUAUCGUUCUCCGCAAUUGCAUAUCCAGAAAUUGUUUGAAAUGUCAA